AUGUGGAAAAGAUCAACGAUGUCAGCCAAGUAUACUUCGAUGUACAAUGCCGAAGAGGGCGAAGAGUUUCGUGAUCCGGAGAAUGUGUCUUUAGUCGACAAGAACGGGCUAGCAGAUGCUACUACGGUGACCAGCUCGUGUAAUGCCGAUGAAGAGGAGUUCAAUCAAAAUUUUAGGACUUGCUCUUGGCAACAUACUGCAGGGCUUAUGUUGUCAGAGUACAUCGUGUUGGCGAUUAUGUCCUUCCCAUGGUCUUACUCUGUGCUAGGGCUGGUCCCAGGUCUAAUUCUUACAGUGUUCGUGGCUGUCACUGUGCUGUAUACUGGGUUGAUUAUAACAGACUUUUGCGAAAGAUUCCCUCACUUGAGAAAUGUCUGUGAUAUUGGACAGUAUCUGCUGGGAGGAGGUAGAUGGGCUUGGUACGCCACUGCUUUUUGUUUCCUGGCGAACAAUACUUUAAUUCAAGGUCUGCAUGUUUUGGUUGGAGCCAAGUAUCUCAAUACUGUCACUAACCAUUCUAUCUGUUCUGUUGGAUUUACUGCAAUUGUAGCGGGUAUCUCAAUGAUCUUCUCGCUACCUAGAACGUUUUCCGCAAUGUCCUGGGUUGGUUACUUCUCUGCUGCUACUAUGUUCAUCGCUGUUGUGCUUGCAAUGGUCUUUGCAGGUGUACAGGGCCACCCUGACAAGUUCGAUGGUACUCCCGUGGUCUUCAGAGCUUUCCCAGCUGAGGGAACUUCGUUUGUGGAUGGUAUGAGUGCGUUCCUAAAUAUCGUGUACACUUUUGUGGGACAGAUUACUUACCCCCAAUUUAUCUCUGAGAUGAAGAACCCUCGUGAGUUCAAGAAAGUGCUAUGGAUCGUUACGACUUGUGAAGUUAUCAUCUUUGCCUUAGCUGGGUCUAUCAUGUACGUCUAUGUCGGUAACGCAUACAUGACUGGUCCUGCGUUUGGUUCUUUGAUCAGAAAAUACAAGAUCAUCUCCUUCUCAUUUGCCAUUCCAACUAUUAUCUUUGUUGGUGCACUAUACGCCAAUAUCUCUGCCAAGCUAGUAUACGAUCAGAUCUUCAAGAACACUCGUCACCGUUAUUCAUGGACCAGCACCAGCUGGAUUUUCUGGACUUUAGUGCUAUUUAUGACCUGGGUUAUGGCGUUUAUCAUCGCAGAAGUGAUUCCAUUCUUCUCCGAUUUGCUAUCCCUGAUGUCCUCAUUGUUCGACUGUUGGUUCGGAUUCGUAUUCUGGGGUCUCGCUUACAUUCGACUAAGAAAGGUGAAAUAUGGUGGUCAUUCGAACCUAACGAAAUGGGAGAAAUUAAACUACGGUAUUUCUUACUUUCUGAUAGCUACGGGUCUCUAUAUCCUAGGCCCCGGUCUCUAUGCCUCCGUGCAAAGUAUCAUCAAUAACUACAAGGCUGAUGCUUACGGGGGUGUUUUUAGCUGUGCUUCUAACGGAAUUUGA